AGAGAGAGAUUGUUAAAAUACCUUCCACCAACUACAGUGAGAAAGCGAUUUUCAUUGCGGAACAAAAACAUUAUCAAUAUGUUGAGUUUUGAGAUCCGCCCAGGGGUAUACUAUUUAAAACGUAUAAAGCUGUCGAAGUGUUCGCGUGGCUGUAAUUGAUACCCCGUUCUGUGAUGACCGCUUCCUAUAUAAAUCGUUAAGAUAGCCUGCAGUGUAUUCGAGAGUCAUUACGAAAGCAAGUGUAUCGAACAGCUGAUUCUGACACGAUAGCUUAAACUUUAUUGAAGUGAACUAGGAUAUACAAUGUUUUACAUUAAAUUAAACUAAAUAUAUUAAAAUUGGAAAAUUAUUAAACGCUUGCUUUACAUUUGUAAAACCAAAAUGAAAUAUCAUUUAUCAAUAAUUUGCAUUUAUUUAUGUUUAACAAUUGGCUCAAUGGAAGAUCUGAAAAGUGAUAUAAAAGUAACAGUUAAGUCUAAAGAGACGGAACCAAAAAAGGAAAUUGAAUCUCCAAAAGGAAACUUAGAUGCUGACACAACGAAAGGGAACACAGGAACGCUAAGCCACUCGGAAACGAAACCAAAAGAAAAACUUAAAACAAAAGGAACUGAAGAUAAAAUAGAAAAUGAAUUGAAAGAAAAAGAAAAUAUGCAAGUGAAGAAAAAAUCUGCCGCGAAGCCCAGAAAAAAAUCAUUUAAAACAAAAUAUGAUAUUCCACAUGACUACUUAGAAUAUCUAAAGGAACAUUACAACAUCGUUGAAGAUCCAGUAGGCGACUACGAGAGAAUGAUGGCUGAGGAAUACGGCGACAAGUUCUUCGACUACGAUUAUGAAAAUAACUACGACAAAAUGCCAACUUAUGAUACAUAUUUGGACGAAGGUGAUGACGAAGAACAUACCAGUGAAGAAGAAAUCUCUAAUUCAACAGAUUCACACAACGAAACGGACAGCGAGUGUAAAGUAUGCAAAGUUAUGGAAUCGGACAAAAAGCUGCGAUUAGCAACAAUAAAAUCUACAAUACUCGACAAACUUGGAUUUUCUAGUAACAAUUUGCCAAAUAUGACUGGGAAGGCUAUUCCAAAAAUCCCUUCACUACGACAUAUGAUUGAACAACAAGACAUGCAGUCAGAUGCUCCACACCAGCACUAUGAUGACUAUCUCCCAGAGGACGAAUUUUAUGGCCAGGUGAAAAAGGCAUAUACGAUCGCUCAAAAACCACCGACCGACUUCAACAUUCAAGUUCCAGGUGGCUGUUACUUCGAACUGACAGAGGCGGUGACAUCUAGAAAAAUAAAAGAUGCCUCAUUAUGGAUAUAUGUACAACCAGAGGCGUUCAAACAAAAAUCUGUAGUUGAAAUUUACAUUUAUGUUGUUCCCCAAAAAGCAAAGCCGGAGCAUAUACUGAAGGGGCCAGUACGAUACAAGAAAACAACAUCCCCUGGUUGGCUGGAAUUCAAAUUUGCUCAUAUCGUACACCACUGGAUAAAACAACCUGGCGGGAACAGAGGGGUGAUUAUUCAAGCAUUAGAUGAAGAAGGGAAUAAUUAUAUCGUUACUCCUGACACAGAUAGUGAUGACACACUUAUUCCAAUGUUAGAAAUGUCCACAACGGAACAUGGAAGUUACCAACACAGAAAAAAACGCUCAUUAAGUAACAUUUGUUCCGAACAGGAAAGAAUAGACACUUGUUGUAGAUAUCCUUUAAGGGUGGACUUUGUUCAGUUUGGAUGGGACUGGGUAAUAGCGCCAACUGGCUAUAUGGCCAACUAUUGUUCGGGAGAAUGUAGAUAUAGACAUAUGGAGAAUAAUCCGCAAGCUUACUUAAUUCAACAGACUCCUGAUGGCAGCAGCGGGCCUUGCUGUACGCCUUCAAAGUUUUUUCCACUGGCUAUGCUUUAUUUUGAUCAUCAACACACAGUGUUAUACACUUACAUGCAGAAAAUGAUCGUCGUUAGAUGCAGUUGUGCGUGAAAGUGUUCUUUCGUUAGUUUUUUUUUAUUUUGAUAAUUAAAUGUGGAAAAGUACUGCAUAUAGUGCAAAAACUGCAUAUGGAGAAAUACGAAAAAUACGUAUGUGAUAUUUCAGCUCUUGGUGCAUUACAAAUGUUUGCCAUUUAUUAGUGUGUGUUCAACAUAGAUUCUGAUCUCAACGAGUUUAAACUAUUGAACGAGAUCAGUCAUGCUUUUAGAACUGCAAUAUCGACGAAAAGGCCAAACAACACAGAGAAAAGGGCCAAGAAGUAGAUUCCUUAGAAAAUUCAUCGAGGACAGGAUUAUUUUCCUGUAUAUUGUUUCUCUGACAGACAUUAUAUAUAAACGAGCCUUCACAAUGAUACUUUUUUAACGUUUAAAGAUUUUCAGAAAAAAAAACCCAAAAAACAAAACAUUUAAAAAAUAUGAAAAUACUAUUCUGAAAUAUGUUUUUGAUGUUAUUAUUAUAAUAUGAUUACAGAAAAAUGAUGAAAAGCAAUAUAAUUUAAAGAAACCAUAAUUAUCUCAUAAUAUAUUACAUAAUGUGGCAAGACAGUGACUUUUGGUCAGUGUUUUAUAUGUAAAGAAAUGGUGCAUAAGUUUAGGGGAAAGAAAAUAUGUUACUGAAAAAUGUGCAUACGUUAAUAUGUGGAGUAUUUUAAUGUACUUAAAUAUGGAUCAAAUCCAUUUAUUGUGAUAUGUAAUAAUUUUACAAGCUUUUUUUCUCGUAACUUGUAAAGAGAGUUCUACAGGUUGACCAAAUUUUCACACUUUAAUAUAAGUUAGUGUUUCUAUUUUAUUUCAAUUCAGGCAAUAGAAAAUAAAUUCCUAGAUUCCCAUCCCACCAGCCUGGCAAAAAUUGCUCUGCCUCAAUGUAUUUUAUUUCGUAAAAAAAAAGUGUAUUUUAUAAUCGAUUUGUAAAGUCUAGUACCAAAUGAAACAAAAACACUUUAGUGCCAAUCAGCAAUUCAGUCUGAUAAUUAAAUCCUUAUUGAUUUUUGUAUGUACACAAACCUCUUAAACCAAUAAAAAAAAUCCUGAAAAAAGCGUUUUAACUUUUUCAGCCAUUACAUAUUCGACUGAUAUCAAAGUGAUAUUAAUUGAGCCGCGUCACGACAAAACCAACACAGUGCGUUUGCGACCAGCAUGGAUCCAGACCAGCCUGCGCAUCCACACAGUCUGGUCAGGAUCCAUGCUGUUCGCUAACCAACUCUAUUACAAGUAAAGGAACUGAUAGCGAACUUAAUAAUUCUCUAGUCAUACUGAAAGAUUUUGUUUUUUCUAGGUAGAUAUUUGUGUCUCUUUGGUGAAGUUAUCAAUUUGUGAGAUAUCAGAAUAUGAAAGGCUCCAUAAAACAUAACAAUCAAAUUAAAAUAUUUCUUUUUUUCUAUAUUAUUCUUCAUACAUAGAAUCUUUGCACAAUUUGAUACUUGCUUAUAAAACUACAAAUUCUUAUAUACAUGUAUUUCCUUUUUUGUAUAAGUCUACAUUGAGGAUAAAAAGUAGAAAAGUAAAAAAUAAGAUUAACCCAUCUACACUAUUUCUUUAAAAAAAAAAAAUUGGCUGAAAAUCUAGUUAUUUAUUUUCUAUUGCCUUAUUUAGCCUACAUUACUGAGUAAUUUGACAGUUAAACUGUAUUUGCAAGAAUUGUAUUUUUUAUAGCAUGUUUCUUAAUUGUAUGGCACUAAGUCUUGGUUGUCCAUUUCCAAGACAAAGGUGUUUUGUUAAGUUUUUUAAUAAUAUGUAAUAGAGUUAUUAUAUAAAUGUUUUUAUUUUUGCAAAAAUAAGUGCGAGGUUUGAUUGUGCGAUUGUUUUGGUAUGUAUAGAGUGUAAAACAGUUAUGAUGUAUAUUACAAUGAAAAUCUGGUUAAAGUACUUUGCAGCAGUCAGUUAUAAUGAGCCGUAUGUGAGGCACGUGGUUUUUUCGUGAUUAUAAUGUCUGUUAUGCCCUAAAUCGUGGUAUAAAUUUUGGACAGUUCUCCAGUUACUGCAUCAUCGUGGUAUAAAUUUUGGACAGUUCUCAAGUUACUGCAUCAUCUCAGCUGUUGCAUGAUUUAACUUCUGUUUAACUGACACAGAAUCAAAGCUAAAUUGCAAAGCAUUAACAUUUUCGUCAUUUUUUUUAUAAUUAACUUGUUUUAAAUCAUUUCUUUCAUAAUUUGUUGCAUAAUCAUCACAUUUACAAAUAUAACUUGGGGUGUCAAGAUUAGCAAAAAUGCUAAUCGUUUAAAUUGUAACAUAAUAACCGUGUUGACUGUAUUAAACCGACCAUACCAAAAGAAACUCUUAGAUUUUAUAUAUUAAUUUUUUUCUUUAUGACAACUAUGACAUUUAGUUAAUAUUUAUUUUUAUUGCGAUGUGUUAUAAUUUUAUAACUAUUUUCUGUUCAUGCAAUAAGGAGGAAAAAAACAACAGGUCUGAACAUCUCAAUUAAAAACAAAAUCCUGAAUUUUGUCUUGAUAAAACAAACUAAUAUAUAAAAUCAUUUUUUGGCUAUUGGUCUAAUACUAACCUUGGUUACUUUUAUGAAUUAUCUGGGCUUUUUGUUGUUGUUGCUAAAACCCAAUCAAAACCCGUUUAAACGGAUAAACAUAACACCCCUUAAUAGAAUCUCAAGUAAAGGGCAAUUUUUAUCAUCCGUAGUUUACUUUUGUCAAUUUUAGAAGGUUUACGAGUAACGUGUAGGUGGGUAAUGAACAGUUGUACUUCUCUUAUUUACAUGUAUGAAAGAAACGAACACAGUUUGUCUAAUUACUGGUAUAAUAUGAUUUUGGAUGUCAUUUGUUUAUUUUAAUUCGAUAAAAAUACAAGCAUACCUUCUUUAGCACUCAAGUUCCUACAUUAUUGUUUUUGUUUAGACCAGUUAUCAAAGUUAUAGAUAUAGACCUGUUUGAUUGAUAAUUGUUUGUUUAUUUUUUCAUGUUAACUGCUUUACUAUUGGUUAUAGAUUUAAAAUAAUUUAGUUAAUUGGUGCGAAUGUUGACGCCAUUUUGUUUAUUUGUUUGUUCGAUGAGUCACUAUAUUUUAUCAUAUGAUUUAAUAUUUCAAAAUAAACAGAAGCAACUGUGUUCGUAGGGAGAGAUUGAUGGUGAUUCAAGAUAGCGAUGAGCCUAUUAUUAUGUUAUAAUAAGUGCACAAAUGUGCUAAACAUGUUGCUAUAAUUCUUAUUGUUUAUCAUUUUAUAUACAUUGCAUUCCGAAUUUUGUAAACAUUUGCUUUCGGGCAUAACGGUUUGUGUCUUUCAAAAAUAAAGCCUGAUUAAAAUA